CAUAUCCAGUGCUCUGAGAAAUACAGAGUUGGGCAAAGUCCCUGUCUUGCGGAGCUUCCAAUCAGAAAAAUCCUCUGCACACAAACAAGGCUGGCAGAAUAGCUGUUGAUCCACAGUGGGAGCCCGGAGAAUGAAGCGGGUUUGAAGGUCUUAACCAGAUGAACCAGCUACUCUUGGAUCUCUGAGUCCUCUAAUGAUCUUGCAGUGAUACUGAAGUUUGGAGAUUCAGAUGUGGUUCCUAAACCUUUGUCAAUGAGGACGGUCUACUGCACUGCUGGAAAUGUGCUUUAGCAAGGUGUUUUGUUCUGUGCGUGCAUUCCCGCCGGGUAGCCAUCAAGUGACCUGCCACAAGAUGCUCAGCGAAAAUGAAUCCUGCUCCAGCUUUCCUAGCUUUGACACAGCUCCCCCCUUACCGUAGGCGUCAUGCAUGGCUCCGGAUAUAUUUGUUCUGCCCGUCUCACUUCAUUGUUCUGAAAAACAUGUAAAUCCACCUGGCAUCCAGUGGCCACUUUCAACCAGGGCUGAACACGCAAAGCCAAAAGAAGGACAGGGUACAAUGCUUUGGGAGGCAGACACACAGGAUUUCCUCCCCACUGUCCUUCAUUAGAUUCUGCCACCACCCAGACUCAGCCCCUAGCAAUCACUGUAGGUAUAAUUUUAGAAAGAACUGGAAGAAGGGAAACCUCUCCUGUAACUUUCAGUUGGCAGAGAACAUGGCACCGUGUUUCUGCCUUCUGGCUCUUGACUUUUAGCCCGCAUGCCUUGGAAAGGAGAGAAAGGAAAACAGCUAGAAGAAGAGGAAGAGAAGGAAAAGGAGGAAACAGCUCAGGACUCUGUUCUCCAAAUCUGCCAGUGAUGAGAAGAAGCAGCUGCAGUAGCUGUUCACAGCAUUGAGGGGUUGCUCUGAUCUCAUUUCUGGAACAACAGUUUGCUUUCUAAGAGCAUGUUUCCUGAGAGACUGGGAUUCAGCCCUGGAGGAUAAGAAGGGGAGAAAAACAGCAGCACCGAGAAAGAUUAUUCCCAUCUCUAAUAUGGCUCCGCAGACCGGGAAGGAUAGGCAGUUCCCUCCAGUCCCCCAGUGUUCUUCUGAGGUUCACCAUGGUCUCCACCUCCACUCACUGCAUAGGACCCCUAACUGGAAAUGUCCUUUCCAACCCAGUUGUUCCUUGCUGCUGUGAACCAUGCUGGUUAUGUGAAAGAAGAGGUUUUAUUAAAAAUGCAGAGUAAGAAGCAGGCUCCACUAAAUUACUAUGUUGGAAUUGAUGUUGGAUCAGCAAGUGUUCGUGCGGCUUUGGUGGAUGAAUUUGGGACAGUAGUGGCACAUGCAGAUCAGCCAAUCCAAAUUUGGGAACCCCAAACAGACCACUAUGAGCAGUCCUCUGCUGACAUAUGGGCUGCUUGUUGCUCAGUCACAAAGAAAGUUGUCUGUGGGGUAGAUGCCAGACGGAUUCGAGGGCUUGGUUUCGAUGCUACAUGUUCUCUUGUUGUUGUGGAUAAGCAGUUCCAACCCUUGGCAGUCAACUGUGAAGGACAAAACCAUAGGAACGUUAUUAUGUGGAUGGACCAUCGUGCAGUCAGUCAAGUAGACCGAAUCAAUCAAACACAACACAGGGUUUUGAGCUAUGUUGGGGGAACAAUGUCUGUGGAAAUGCAGCCACCUAAAUUGCUGUGGAUCAAGGAGAAUUUGCAAGAAUCAUGCUGGGAGAAGGCUGGCUACUUCUUUGAUCUUCCGGAUUUCUUAUCUUGGAAAGCAACAGGUGUCACUGCAAGAUCCCUCUGUACAUUGGUGUGCAAAUGGACAUAUACUUCAGAUGGAGGUUGGGAUGACAGCUUCUGGCAAAUGAUUGGCUUGGAAGAUUUAGUGGAGGAAAAGUAUAAAAAAAUAGGAAACCACGUCUUGUCUCCUGGAGAGUCUGUUGGAAAAGGUCUAACGCCAGAGGCUGCGAAAGAUCUUGGUCUCCCCGAAGGGACUGCAGUAGCAGCUUCUCUCAUUGAUGCACAUGCUGGAGGACUAGGAGUAAUUGGAGCAGAUGUGAAAGGACACAACCUGCCAUGUGAAAAUCAGCUAAUUACAUCUCGAGUUGCUCUGAUCUGUGGGACAUCUUCAUGCCACAUGGGGAUAAGUGAAACACCCAUUUUUGUGCCUGGUGUUUGGGGACCUUACUUCUCUGCUAUGGUGCCUGGAUUUUGGUUGAAUGAAGGAGGUCAGAGUGCUACCGGAAAACUGAUAGAGCAUGUCGUCCGAGGCCAUGUCGCUUUCCCAGAAUUACAGGCAAAAGCUGCAGCCAGAUUAAGGAAAAACAGCAAACUUGAUGUUUUAUCUUCACUCCAGUCUAAAAUGGAAGAGUCACUGCUGACAGAUACAUUGAACACAUAUAGUUACUUUCCAUCCUCCCUUUCUCAAAGUAUAUAUACAUACUUGAACAGUCACCUGGAUCUGAUUAAGAAAUCUUUGCCUGUGGGUUUCCUCACUGUUGAUUUACAUGUUUGGCCAGAUUUCCAUGGUAACAGAUCUCCCUUAACAGAUCUGACACUAAAGGGCAUGGUUGUUGGACUAACAUUGUCUCGGGGUCUGGAUGAACUUGCCCUUAUCUACUUGGCCACGAUUCAAGCCAUUGCUUUAGGAACGAGACAUAUUUUGGAAACUAUGCAGGCUGCAGGGCAUCAUAUCAACACGCUGUUUCUGUGUGGUGGGCUGAGCAAGAACCCCCUCUUCGUGCAGAUGCACGCUGACAUUACUGGCAAGCCUGUUGUCCUGUCCAAAGAAGUGGAGUCUGUUUUGGUGGGUGCUGCUAUUCUUGGAGCUUGUGCUUCUGGGGAUUUUGCAUCUAUACAGGAGGCCAUGGCAAAAAUGGGAAAAAUUGGGAGAGUCGUGCAGCCAAACCAUGGGGAUAAAAGAUUUUAUGACAAGAAAUAUGAAGUAUUUUUGAAACUUGUGGAACAUCAGAGAGAGUAUCGCUCUAUCAUGAAAAGCUUCUAAUCCAGAUCACGUAGUGUGGGAACAAUAUGGGUGACAUUUUUCCAGGUACUUUUGGCAGAGGUAAUUUCUUCUUACUGUGUUGUUGUUCACUGUAAAGAUAUACUUUUAUCAUUAAAAAUGUACAUUUUCCUUUCUAAUUAAAAAUAAAAUGCAUUCAUUUCAG